GACGAGAUCAAAUCAAGCCGGGGAUCCAGAGAGAGUGAUCGAACAGUAGUGAUGGGGAGGCCGCCGUGCUGCGACAAGUUGGGCGUGAAGAAGGGUCCGUGGACGCCGGAGGAGGACAUCAUCCUGGUCUCCUACAUCCAGGAGCACGGCCCCGGCAACUGGCGGUCUGUGCCGGUGAGCACCGGCCUCAUGCGCUGCAGCAAGAGCUGCCGCCUCCGCUGGACCAACUACCUCCGCACCGGCAUCAAGCGCGGCAACUUCACAAGCCACGAGGAAGGCGUCAUCGUCCACCUCCAGUCACUCCUCGGCAACAGAUGGGCGGCGAUCGCGUCGUACCUGCCGCGGAGGACGGACAACGACAUCAAGAACUACUGGAACACGCACCUCAAGAAGAAGCUCAGGAAGCAGCAAGCCAUGGGAGCCAUUUUCGCGCCGCCGGCGUCCUCCUCCCCCGGCACAGCAGGCGACAACUUCGACCACCACAACCACCACGACAUGGUCUCCAGGGCCGACGGCUACGGGGCCGGCCAGGCGUACAUGAACACGGAGGUCUCGCAGCUGAUCGCCGGGCGUGGUCACUCGCCGUUCGCCGACGCUGCCCCCGAGGCCUGCUCCUCGUCGUCCUACGCUUCGAGCGUGGACAACAUAUCCAAGCUGCUCGGCGGCUUCAUGAAGAGCUCCCCGCCGCCGCCGCCGCCGCACAACAACUACGACGCCGACGACGUCAAGCCUCUGCUGCCCUUGGACAGUAUGUCCGGCACCGGCAGCGCCGAGCUGAGCUUCACCGCCAGCGUGCAGCAGCCGGCGUUGAUGGGGGGACGCGUCGGGUACGAGUACGACGACGAGACCAAGCAGAAGCAGCAGCAUCAGGCGCCACUGUCCUCGAUCGAGAAGUGGUUGUUCGAUGAGGCCGCGGACCUGGAGCUGUCCGAUGAGUGCUACUCCGUUCCAAUGCUGUUCUAGCUAGCUCGCUGGGAAAGUAAAUUAAGAAACGAUGGCGUCACAGCCCACACACGCGCGCAAACAUACUGUGUUAAUUAGGUUAAUUAAUCUAUGUUACUCCAUGUUUGAUACUCUACCUAUGCAUCCAUGUUUGAUAGUACACACAAGUAAUGAGCCAAGCCUCAGUUGGUAAUUUCCUAGCGUCCAUAGCCGCAUUACGCAUACGCAUGUACGCACCUCCUUUGUACACUGAAACGUCGAAGGGUAAGAGACAGCGACAGGGAUUUAGCAGGACUGGCGAACUGUGUCAUCUGCAUUCCGUAGGCAUGAUGUAACCAAGGUUAUCUAUGCUCAAAAAGGGAAGAAGAGGCCUGCAUAUGUUUGUGUCACUUGACCUUGA